GUGUGUGAGCAGCUCGCGCGGCGAGAGGAAAGUGGGCCGAGCAGCGGUGCUGCUGACGUCAUGAGAGCGAGCGAAAGAGAGAGAGAAAGAGUAGAGAGGGACAGCGCGAGACAGAGAGGGAGAGACAGGAGGGAGAGAGAGGGAGAGAGGAAUGCGCCGCUAAUGAGAAAACGGACCCAGGAACUGUGCACGCAAGAGCGGUCAGCAGAAGAAGAAAAGAGCCGCGACGGAGAGACGAGCCAGCGGUGAACAAAAUGGAUUCAAACCCCAAAACAUAGAGCGUUGCCGCCGAAGGUCUCCGACAGCAGACCAGCACCGUAAACCAUCACCAUCACCACCACUGGAGAUACCGUGAAGUGGGUGGGGUGGCGGGGGGGAGGUGAAACGACGACGGUGCGAGGAAUAUUGUUACAACCGUUACCGUGAGCGACCGGCCGACCGGCUGAGCGACUACAACCACCGCGGAGUGUUUGGAUGCUGUCCGCACGGAGGCUGGAGCUAGCGGAGACCCUGGUCGGCUGAACCAUGCAGAGCCCGCCGCUGCUGCUGCUGCUGCUGCUGCUGCUUAGUUUGGCGGUGACUUCUCAGACCGUGCGGUCGGCCCGGUUCUCCCAGGAGCCGGCGGACCAGGCGGUUGUGCGUGGCCAGAGGGUCAUCCUCUUCUGCGUGGUCUUCAACUACUCGGGCAUCGUCCAGUGGACCAAGGAUGGCCUGGCACUGGGCAUCGGGGAGGACCUCCGAGCCUGGCCGCGGUACCGCGUCAUGCGCGUCCACGACCUGGGCCAGUACAACCUGGAGAUCCUGUCCGCGGAGCUGUCCGACGACUCGCUGUACGAGUGCCAGGCCCCCGACGCUGCCCUACGCUCCCGCAGGGCCAAGCUCACCGUCCUCAUCCCCCCUGACGACCCGGUGAUCGACGGGGGUCCGGAGGUGCUGCUGACGGCGGGGGAGUCCUACAACCUGAGCUGUGUGUCCCGCGGAGCCAAGCCUCGCUCCAACAUAGAGUGGCUCAAAGACGGCCUACCUGUGGCCGGCGCUGUGGCCACCGAUGAAGUGCUGCCGGACAGGAAGCGGGUGACCACGCGGAGCUACCUGCCCAUCGCGCCAGUGGACGGGGACACGGGAAAGAACUACAGCUGUGUGGCCACCAACCUGGCCAUGCCCACCGGGAAGACCACCACCGUCACUCUCAACGUGCACCACCUCCCCACGGUGACCCUGUCCAUCGAGCCCCGCUCCGUCCUGGAGGGAGACCGGGUGACCUUCACCUGUCAGGCUAAUGCUAACCCACCCAUCAUGGGCUACAGGUGGGCUAAGGGAGGCGUGGUGCUCCAGGGGGCUCGGGAGAGUGUGUUCACUACCAAGGCGGACCACUCCUUCUUCACCGAGCCCGUCUCCUGCCUGGUGUUCAACGCCGUGGGCAAGACCAACGUUAGCAUUCUGGUGGACGUGCACUUUGGGCCGAUCCUAUUGGUGGAGCCCCAGCCCCAGACGGUGGACAUGUUCUCCGACGUCAGCCUCAACUGCAAGUGGGGGGGCAACCCGCCACUCACCCUCACCUGGUUUAAGAAGGGCACCAACAUGGUGCUUAGCAACAACCAGCUGCUGCUCCUGAAGUCCGUGAGCCAGGCGGACGCGGGCCAGUACGUGUGCAAGGCCAUCGUGCCGCGCAUCGGGGUGGGCGAGACGGAGGUCACCCUCACCGUCAACGGCCCCCCCAUCAUCUCCAGUGAUCCAGUCCAGUUUGCCGCCAGGGGGGAGCAUGGUGAGGUCACAUGUUACAUCGCCAGCACCCCCCCGCCCGACAAGAUUGUGUGGGCGUGGAAGGAGAACGUGUGGGAGAAGGAGCGCGGCACGCUGCUGGAGCGCUACACGGUGGAGCAGAGCCGGCCGGCGGGCGACGGCGCCGGGGUGCUCUCCACCCUCACCAUCAACAACAUCAUGGAGGCCGACUUCCUGUCCACCUACAACUGCACCGCCUGGAACGCCUUCGGGCCCGGCACCAUGAUCAUCAGCCUGGAGGAGAAGGAGGACACUCCGGUCGGGGUUAUUGCCGCUGUGACGGUGUGCGGAACCAUCCUCUUCUUCCUCGGCCUGCUGGUGCUCAUGCUCAUCUUCUACCGCCAGCGCAAAGGCAGUCGCCGCGGGGUCACCCUGGGUAAGCCAGACAUCAAGGUGGAGACGAUCAACAAGGAGACCCACAGCUUGGAGGAGGACUCUGGCAGCGUGUCCACCGCCUCACGCAUGGUCAAAGCCAUGUACUCGUUUCUCCCCUCUGUGUCUUUCUCUCCGUCCAACCAGCCGUUCAAAGACGACAUCGAGCUCAAGUCGGACAUGCGCAGUGAAACGCUAGACACCCGCCAGGAGUACGACUUGAAGGACCCCACCAACGGCUACUACAACGUCCGCGCCUCCACCCACGACGAGGCGGGCCGCCCGGCCUCCCGCUCCACCCUGCACUACUCGGACUACCGCUCCCCCUCCGGCACCCCGGGGGGCG